GGCUCCUUGUCCCCUUCCUUCACAAAACUGCAUGCAGUUGGCUGCUGGAUCUUCAGAGGACCUUUCUGUUGAGAUGCCACAUCAAGCUUGUGGCACUGAAGUAAGCCUUUCUCUUCAGAACAGUCUUCCUCAGGAUGUGGGAGAUGCUGUUCCCAAAGUGACUUUCUUGCCCCUCAAAGAGGGUGACCUGGCAGAAAUGGAUUUGGAGUCUGAUCAACCCAAGUCCUGUGGUGUUGAGGAACCGGUUGCAAGAUAUCCAAUAGACCACCUUGAUGGGGGUGUGACUAAUGUACAGAAGCUGACCAAUUCUUCUACUGAUGCAAAUGGCAAUCACAUGCUGCAUCAGCAGUACUGUUCUCCUUGUGAAAAGAAUGAUAGCCUAUUGACAGGCCCCUUGAGUGUUCAAACAACACCACCUCUACAGCCACAUGCUGGUGUACCAUGGACAUCCCCACUGCUACCUCCUAUUCUUUCCACCAUCUAUGAAGUGGAAACAGCAGAAGAGACCAGGUUGGAAGAUGACCUUGAGAGAGAGGAAGUUCUGAAGCCAGCAGACUGGCCGUGUCCUGAAGUCAUUGAGGAGCCCAGUGAGAGGGUUUUGACACUACAGAUUGAGCCGGUGAAAGUUGUGCAGCAACUGAUUAACCAGACGUUGCUGCUCUCUGGAGAUUGUAUGAAAUUACAAAGCAAGGUGACAGUGGACCAGGCAGAGCUGAGCAAAUGGACAGAUCUUAUAUCGCCACUAGAUGACUCCACAGCUAGCAUCACAUCAGUCACCAGCUUUUCUCCUGAAGAUAUCUCCUCUUCCCAAGGUGAAUGGACUGUAGUGGAGCUGGAGACUCAUCAUUAAUGCUUUUUUUUCUUGUACAUUUGAAACCUCAAAGGGUACUGGUAGUAAGUCAGUUGAAGUUAACACUACUUUUAAUGUCCAGGCUACAGGCCACAUGCUCUGGGCUUUGUGUGGACCUGAAUGAUGGUGAUGCUCCAAGGCCUCCCCAAUGUUUUCAAACUUGGUUUCAGGUCCAAGACAAAUAAUGCUUUUAUGGGAACCAGCCUUUAAGUACUACUGUCUUGUUUGUUCUUAAUUGUUUAAUGCAUUCAAUAGGUUUAGAGCUGUUUACAGUAUAAAGGCUUUCUGCUGGAUAUUCAACCUGCCAAGAACUCUUGUUCCCUGAGUUUGAAUGUUUUGUAUCUGCUCCGAAGCUGCCUGGAUUUCAAUGGCAAUCUCCAAUGAUAUCUGUUCCAACUUGAAUGGGUUACUUGUGAAACUGAGUUGGGUGCAACUCAUUUUAAUAUUUCUGGCUUUUUUGAAGAUUUGUAGCUCGGGUUCUAAGUUGGCUCACCUGAGCUGGUUGGUUUGUUCUUAGACAUGUCACCAUGCUCAGUAACAUCAGUGAGCCUCUGGUGAAGCACUAGUGUUCUGUCCUGCUUUCUAGUUGUUACAAUGGAUUUUUUUCCUCAGAUGGUAGGUGGGAUCCAAAUUAACAUUUCCUGAUGGUGUUCUGAUUAGAAUGUCAGGCCUUUAGGCAUUUCAUGUCUGUUUAGCUUAUCCUCGGAUGGAUGUGUUGUCUUAGUCCAAGUGGUGCCCUUCCUUCAUCUGUAUGUAAGGAAACUAGUGAUAGUGA